CAAAACCUGAUUAUUCACCUUUCUCUUCUUCUCUACACAGUUCAACCACCUCGUUGUUCUAGAUGGAAAUUUUAUACAAUUAUACAGGAGAUGAGAAACCCGGGGCCCACCUAGCUCAAUUAGAGAUCAAGAGAUCGCUAAUUGCGGGUGCAAGAAACACAGUUGUGCACCGGUGGACAAAAUAUCACAGCCACUUCUGACAAAUAAGGACUUGUAUGAGACCGAGAUUCAGAAAACAGCUGUAAUAUAUUGAUGUUGUUCAAGAGCACAACAAUUAAAGCAUGGAAAGUAAGCAUGAUUAGCACACUAAAUGUACUGAAUGCCAUAAGUAACCCAAACUGACACAGUGCUGCAUGUGGAAUAUAAAAAUCUGAUUUGAUGCCAGCAGCAAAACUAAGCAGUGCAGAAAGAAUGUCAGGACGGACACGCACAGUAAGUCCUAGAAGUCCACGGCGUUCACCAAGCCCCAGACGUUCACCUAGCCCACGUCGUAGGAACAGUCGUUCUCCUACGCCAAGGUCACGUAGUCGUAGCCGAGAGCGUAGAUAUAGUGCUCAUUCCAAUAACUCCUAUGGACAUUACAGUGAUUCCUUUGAAGAUGAUGAUGGCAAGAGAUCCAGAACUCCGCGUGGUAAGAGACGGUACACUCCAAGGGGAAACAAAAGCUACAGAGCUGCCCAGAAAAGUUACAGUCGUGCCACCAGGGGAGGCAGAACCAGUAAAGCAGUCAGUGACAAUGUCACCAGGAGAGUGUUAUCUGCCAGGAAGCUAAAGAUCUCAGAGAUGCGCAAUGAAAUAGAGGACAUGCAUCAGCAAAUAGCUGACCUCAAACUGGAGAAUAAGACCUUGAAACGUUUGCAAGCCAAACAGGAUAGAGAACUUCAACGGUUUGAGGACAAAGAAAGUGAUCUUCCUCAGUUGAUUAAGGGACAUGCUGAUGAAGUUAGGACUUUAAGAGAGCAAAUUAAAAAACUCAAAGAAAAAAGCAGUAGAACUGAGAAAAAGUUACGAGAGGCAGAAGAUGAUGUUACAAAAACCAAAAAACAACUUAAAAAAUUGGAAGAUCUCUCCCAUGAUAAGAAACUUGGUGAGCGUGAUGAUCUUAAUAGAAAGCUGGCCAAAGCAGAAAAUGAGCUUGAAGAAAAGACUAAAAGGUGCCAGGACCUUGAGAAACAUGUUGAGAUCCUUAAGAAAGCACAGAGACAUGAGGUGGCUGUGGAAAUCAACAAGCAUAAGGAAACACAGAAACAGUUGUUGGAGAUGAGGGAUAUGUAUGAGAGACUGAAGGAAAGUUACAGGGAGAAAGAAAAGGAGCUUGAAAUCAAAAACAUCUACAGCAAUCGCAUUGUAAAGCCUCCACACAAGCUUCCAUCUAGUGAGACUUCCCCUCUUGCAUCCCCGCCCUCUGGUGGCAGGAACAAGAAGAAAAAACAGCCUAGUAAUGACAAUUCUCCAAGCAUUUCACCGCGCGACAAAGCCAAACAGUUUAAUGAUAGACGCAGAGAUAGACAGCAUUCAGCAGACAGUGUUGGAGUUGGUGAUGAAAAUAAGGAGAAGAGAAAAGCCAUCGAAGCAGCAGGCAGCAGUAAAAGGGCAGAGCCACUGUCUUCACCAGAUCAAAGUGCAGUGUUGGCAAAACCCAAAGAAGAUGACAAGAAAGUUAGUUUUGACUUUUCUACAUAUGAUGACUCAUUAGAGACAGACAAACAUGAGACAAAAGAUGGAAAUGAUGGAAUAAGGCAAGAGCGGCGAGAACGUGAGGAAAGGGAAUAUCAAGACAAAGAGGAACAUGAAAGGAAAAAGAGAGAGGAGAGGAACAGUAGAGAAAGAGAGGAGAGAGAAAGGAGAGACAGAGAGGAAAGUGAUCGCAGAGACAAGUAUGAUCAUGACAAAGUCAACAGAGAGCAAGAUGAGCAGAAGGAACAAUCAAAGAGAUUAGAUGAUGAUGAUGACUUUACUGCCAUGUUACGUGCAAAGAAGGAAAAGGCAAACAGAGAAAGAGAAGAUAGAGAAAAACGAGAGCGAGAAGAAGAGGAAAGAAGAUUGGACAGAGAGAAGAAAGAAAGAGCAGACAAGGAGAGGAUUGAAAGGGAGAAACUGGAGAGAGAGGAAAGAGAAAAACAGGAAAAGGAAGCAAUUGAACGUAGGGCAAGGGAAGAGCGAGAACGUCUGGCCAAUGAUACUAAAGCCCAAGAAGAAAGACGCAGAAAGGAUUUGUUGUUGGCCAAACUGAAAGCCAUGGAUGAGGGUGCCUCUCCACCUGCUGCUUCAGGUUCUCCUGGGAACACCAGGAAAAACAGCCUGACUGGGUCUGGAGGAGGCUUCUCUCCUGGCUCCAGUAGGAAAACAUAUACAUUUACUAAACCAGUGGAGAAUAUGCACAAUGGAAAACCUUCCCACCAUGAUAUGUCUGACAAGAAUAAAAAACAGACCAAACCCAAGGCAAGUUUCUUGGAUGAUGACAAUGAGACAGGGGGAUAUACCCCAUCUGCCUUCUCAAGCAGGAACAAAGACUCCAGUGCAACAUCAAAGAAAACUUCUCUUUUUGAAAAGGACAAUCCAAGUAGUUCUAAAAGUCCUUCAGGGUCCAAAGCACAUAAUAAAGCCAAUUUGAUGGAUGAACUCUUUGGUGGUGGCAAAAAACCUGCUACAAAAUCUUCCUUUGGUGAAGAUGAUAUCUUCAGUUCAUCCACCAAGGCCAAGCCAGUAUCUGACAAGAAGGCCUAUCCUUGGGAAAGUGAAGUCAGCACAGCAGGGGGGGCACCAGGGGGGCAGAGGAAGAGGGAAUCUAGCAACAUCAUUGGUGGUGGGACAGGGUUAUUUGAUGAGGAUAUUGGCAGCCCAAAUAAUACAAAUUCUCCACUUCUACCUCGGCGUCAGCGUCAAGAAGCAAGCACAUUUAAUGCUAAACCAGCUGUGAAUGCUGUUGAUGACAUAGAAGACAUUGAAGAGGUCAUUUUAUAACCAGUGACUGGUAAAUAGAAAAGCAGGUGUUGUGACAGUCAUAUGACAUAGUAACUGUCUGCAGGCAAAGGCAUGAAGUAUGUAUGCAACUCUCAAAAAUCUGCAUUACUGUUUUGAUUGUCAAACUUCAAUCUGUCUAAACUGAAAUGGGGGGGGGGGAAUGAAAAUUAGUCUGAGAAGUGUCGGAUUAAAAAGAAUAUUUGAUCAUGUCUUGUCUGCUGAUUACUCCGUAAGUUUCAAGAAAGCACUUCAUCAGCAUGUUGCCUGUUGAGAAAUGUGAUAUCAGACUUGUAUUAUGUGCUAAGUGCAAUAUGUCACACUGAUUCUUUCAACAGCCAUCCAUCAAAUUCUUACAUGCACAAUUGUAACAUCUUGACAAAUAUUUAAAUGUAGAUGCAUUUAUUUUUCUAAAAAAAAAAAAAAACUAUUUAAACAUUGAUUCAUCUUUCUGUUAAAUGAGGCAGCAGUUAAGCCCUGGUCAGCUCAAGGCAGGUGCCCUACACUGGCCCUGGUCAGCCCAGCAUUGCCUCUAGUCACUAUUUAUAUAGACAUGGACAGGUGUUUUUUUCCUUAUAAAUAUAUACAGAUGUGUGGCUUGCGUGUUUUUUUUAAUGAUUUCUAUGACAGCUGUAAACCAAAAUAAAAAAGGGAGUUACAGUUGUAUUUUUGAGAUGAAACUAGUGCUUUAGCUUUGAGAGCAUUAUUUUCCUAUAUUAUCUUUAGAAUAAAUAAAAUUAAUAUUUUUCCCAUAACAUCUUUAGAAUCAAGAAUAGAUUUGUCAGUAAAAUGUAACUGUUAAGUACGAUGCAUAUAGAAUACAGUCAACAUCAGAUACUGAUAAAUUGUCUUUUUUAUUCUUAUAUGUCAGAUUGAUUUUUUUUUCAUACUGAAAUAAAUAUAAUUACAAAAAUA